GCUGGUUUAGCGGGGCUCAUUCGCGAGGCGUUCGCGCGUGGAUCAUGCCCCGGUAAUUUCCCCGCUGUCCCGAAACACCGUGUGUGUCCGCGGCUCCUCGUCCGUCGGAAAUUAAAUCAUUUCAGCGGCAAUGGCAUCGCUGGAGGACAGCUGGAAAGAAGCUACGGAGGGCCUGGACGCCGCGGUCUGUGACUCCUGGUUCACGCGCCUGCAGGAAGUCUACUCGGAGGAAAAACGCACGUACCACAAUCUGGACUCGCUCAGGGAGAAGCUGAAUCACUACUACGAAAUCAAAAGCAAUCUCAAAAAUCCGCGAGCUGUUUUGCUCGCCAUAUUCUUUCAAAACUUCGAAUAUGAUCCUAAAGCUUUGGUUUUUAGCGAAGAUAAAAAUCUCGAGCACUUCAAUGCUUUUGCUGAUGAGGCCGAAGUUCCAUCGGACGCGGAGCUCAGGGAAGAGACUUGUGCUCUGCUCAAAGUAGCGGCGACUCACAGCACCGAGGCGCACAAGGUAGGCGGUGCCUUCGGUAGCGAAGACGCACACUACUUCCUGGACCUGGAUAUGGCAGUACUCGGCUCCUCUCCAGAAAGUUACGCCGAGUACAGAGAGCGAAUACGCGGGGAAUACUCUUUCCUCAGCGAGCCCAUGUACACGGCGCUACGGUUAAAGGUGUUGCAGAACUUCCUGCAGAUCCCAAACAUCUUCGCCACCGUGGAAUUUCGUGACAAGCUGGAGGAGCAGGCACGCCAGAACAUUCAAGCGGAAGUGGAGAUGCUGUCUUAGAGCUUCAUCGCUUUGCUUCACAUAGGCUGCUUUCCUUUUAGAGAACACACUUACAAUACAAGCGUCGUUUUAUCCUCUUUGGCAUUCAAUGAAUAACAAUGACAGAACGAUAUUUAAUUGUGUUGACUGUGUCGUUUAAAAGGAAAGCAGUACGUCAUAAUGAGAGUUCGCGCUUUACGUUCGACGCCCUUGAGGACGAUCCAGCAGCUGCUCUUACCGGAAACUCUCAUCAAAAGGCCAACGGUGCGAAAAGUUUUAGACGCCUACCUCACGAAGAUGCAUCCAUCGUCGGUUCUGCAAAAACGCGAAAGAAUUGUUGAAUGCAAAUUUCUUCGGAUCGAGGCAGAAGUAUGAUAUUAAAAUUAUUUACUUUUAAGUUUUUAAGAGCUUAUGUAAUCAUUUACGCACAAUUGUUAAACACUGCGUUCUGCGUAAACGUUUCCAGUUUAUUUAUCGGAAAUUUUAGAUACUUCAAUCUAAUAAGUUUUCAAAACUUACUUGAAGAUUAAUGACGUUUUAAUUAACGAAUACUUGCAAUUGCAAGUAAUUUUAUGAGUAUUCACGUAAUGUAGGCGAAAGGAAGAUUACAAAGGAUGAUUACAAAGAUUAUAGAUUAUAAUUAAUGAAUGAAUAAGUAAUGAAUAUAUGUACAUACGUGUAUUAUUUCUAAAGCUAAUAAUACUUUAGUUUAAUAAUUAUUCGAAACUGUGUCUUUCUCUUGUGAUCUUGCACGUUGAAAUUUGGAAAAUAACGACCGGUUUGUCGUGUCCACUUUAGGAUUUGUGAAUGGAAUUGACGUAUCGAUAAAUG